CCACCCCCUGAGGCUGCUGCUUAUUUAUUUAAGCCUCCCCCGUCGCAUUCUCUCCCCUUUUUUUCUCGCUCAGCCCCCCCCGGUCGGUGGCCCCUCCGCGCCGCGCGGGGGAGGUCUCGUCGCCGGUGCCGUCCCCUCCGUGAGGCGCCGCGUCCGGCCCUGCCGCCUCGCACGCCGCCGUCCCCGCUCGCCGCGCCGCCGGGUCUCGUGCGAGUUACGUGGGGAACCCCGAAAGCAAUCAGGAUUUUUCUUUGAGGAAAUGGAUAUGUCUUCUCAGAAAUACCCAGUCAAAAAACGAGUGAAAAUCCAUCCCAACACAGUAACAGUGAAAUAUACCUCCCAUUACCCUCAACCAGGAGAAGAGGGAGAUGAGGAUGGUAAUGAAGAUACUGGAGUAUUUAUGGAGGAGAAUCCUAAGAAAAGAUUACUGAAUGAUGGCAAAAGGAGAGAAAGGACUUUUUUUGGUACAAUAGACACCCAGCUUCAGCCACCACAAUUGCCAAAAUGCGAUGACACUGGGCAAUUCCAAAAUUUUCCUGAAGGAAGUAUCCUGCAGUCGAGAAAAACUUGGGUAGUCCUUUUUGGAUCUGCUGUGGCUCAUGGAUGUGUGGCUCUAAUAACAAGACUGAUUUCUGAUCGUUCCAAAGUGCCAUCCCUAGAGUUAAUUUUCAUCCGCUCAGUCUUACAGGUGCUGUCUGUUACAGUUGUGUGUUAUCACCAUGAGCCUCCCUUUGGCCCCAAAGGGUUUAGACUGCGGCUCUUCUUCUAUGGUGUCUGCAACGUUAUCUCCAUUACCUGUGCCUACACUGCCUUCUCUAUAGUUCCCCCCAGUAAUGGGACCAUCAUGUGGAGGGCUACCACUACAGUGUUCAGUGCCAUUUUGGCUUUUUUACUAUUAGAUGAAGGAAUGGCUUACAUAGACAUAAUUACUGUAGUUGGCAGUGUGUUUGGUGUUUGCCUGGUGAUGAUCCCCAACAUUGUGAGCGAGGAAGACUCUUUGUUGAGCACCUGGAAGGAAGCUUUUGGCUAUACCAUGACUGUGAUGGCAGGUUUGACCACUGCUCUCUCCAUGAUAGUCUACAGGUCGAUCAAAGAUAACAUCAGCAUGUGGACAGCCCUGUUCACCUUUAGUUGGACGGGAACAGUGUGGGGAGCAUCUACCAUGUUUUUCCUUCAAGAGCCAAUCGUUCCGCUGGAUGGAGAAACCUGGAGCUAUCUCCUUGCCAUCUGCCUAUGCUCCACAGCAGCCUUCCUGGGGGUCUACUAUGCCCUCAGCAAGUUCCACCCUGCUCUGGUCAGCACCGUACAGCACUUGGAGAUAGUCAUCGCCAUGGUCCUGCAGCUCAUCGUGCUGCGAAUCUUUCCAAGUGCUUAUGAUCUUGCUGGUGGAGCAGUUAUUUUAGUUAGCGUAUUUUUCUUAGCAUGUUACAAGUUGUCCUGGAAGAAUUUAGGAAGACAAGAUUAUCAAGAGAUUCUGGAUUCUUCCAUUAAAUGAUUUCCAGUUUUGCUAUCCAAUCAUUGUAUGUGGCUGUGUGAGAGUAACGUUGCAACUCUGUCUCUUCUAGAGUAGUCGUCGGGUUCUGUCUCUACUGUUUAAAAAUUCACAGCUGAUGUAGCAAUGUUGGUAUUUCCAGAUGAAUUUGUUCUAGUGUGUAAAACCCCUGACAUUUUUUGACGUGUAAGAAAAGUAUAUGUCUCCAGCAUGUAGGGUAUGGGAACAGAAGCAUAGGCUGGCCUACAGAAGUGCAGGCCAGGUCAUAGGCACCUUCCCUGGAUAAGACAAUACAGAGACAGAGCGAUUCACUAGUGACUCUCAUUCCCGUGUACUGUGAUAACAGAAAAAUGAACAGUAAAACAUUAAAACAGUGAACCAGAGUGCUUGAAUCCCAUGUAACACUUCCUCUGUAUUGACUGUAAUAUUUUAAAUGAAGCAAUGCUAAUAUUUCUGUGAUUUUAACUUGCCUUUCCUGUAUGUACACAAAGAAGAGAAUAAAUCAGUAAAGCUUU